AUGGAUGCCACGAAUGACCCUGAUUCUCAUGCUCAUCGGGGCCAGUAUUUGAAGCUUCUUCAGGAGUUUCGAUUGCUACAUUUACUAUACCAUAGAAAUAAGAAUCAGCAUCGCGUGGCACACUGGUGGAGAUAUAUCAAUAUUCUAAAAAGAAAUUGUUCAGAAGUAUUGGAAGUAAUUCAAAAGAAGGUAAUUGAUAAAGAAUUUGACUUUGCAAAACUGUAUCAAAUUAUAAACAAGUUCAAGAAAAAGAUAUUACCUAAAAUUUAUUAUGAAUUUAAUGGAAUUAUUGCAUUGGGUCAAUUUGUCACAUUGGGUGUGAUUCUUGUAUGCCUACUGAGUAGGGUAUACGCAAUAUACAAGGACAUAUACGCCAUUUAUUCAGGAAACUUUGAGAGGAUAAGCUGUCAAUCCAUAGAUAAUUCUGCAAGAAAAAAGGAAGAGGAUCUCGAUCGUGAAUUGAAGAUAAUGGAGUCUUUGGCAGAUGAGGAGCUAGGAGAGGAGAUAACAAAUAUAGCAAGCGUGUCAGAAGAUCAACUCACCCAUAUCAAUAUACAGCCCAGUCCACAUGUAGAACGGCAAAAGAUAAAAAAGAAGAAAAGCAAGAAGAAAAAGGCAAAAUCCGUUAUAGACGGUAUAUUUGGCUGA